AUGGCGGAUUCAAACAUCGUUAGGAACGGUGACUUCUCUGCUGGGAUUGAACCUUGGUACCCGAACGGAUGCGAAGCAUUUGUUGUUUCCUCUGACCCGUUUAGCUCAGAUUCAAUCUCCGAUUCCCCGAGCUGUGGCUAUGCCUGUAGAAUCCCGAAAUUGUUUGCCAAGGCUAAUAGCAUGUUCGGUCAUUUUUUCACAAUUUACAUUGAUCAUCUACAACGUCUUGGUUUUUAUAAACCGUAUGUGCUGUCCAGUUUUCAGGUCUCUGACGGAGCUAAGAUUGAACAUCUUUCGAAACUAACGGCAAGAUAG